AUGGAUCGGGUGAAGACGAGCUGUUUAUCUAUGGUAGUCACGUUUCAGGAAGGGUUCAGCUAUGUCAAAGCCUUUUUUGUCGGUCAGAUAAAGAAAUUGACAGCGAAAAACGAGAAGGAAGCUACGGAUGCUCAAUUAACGGAGACAAAAAUGCAAGUUGAAGCAACUGAUGAAGCAGAAAAUGCCAAGAAGAGGCUUCAUCAAUCUUCUUGA